AUGUUUAUAACAUCAAUUUCUACAGUGUUAAGAAUACGGCAUCCUCAUCAAUCAUUAAUUUUCCCAUUAAGAAACUUGUUUCGUCAAUUUUCAAUAGCAUUAACUAAAUCAUCACCACAUUCAUCACAUUACAAGACAUUUCCAAAAUUGAAAAAAAUAACAAGAGCAGAAGAAGCAGAACUUCAAAAAAUAGAAUCUCAAAAAAAAUUUCAAUUUCUAGAUAAUAAAUAUGAUAUAAUUGAUUAUAAGACUAAAAAAAUUUUAGAUAUAGGAUUUGCUCCUGGUAAUUGGUUAAAUUAUGUAGUUGAAAAAUUAAUAAAAAUCAAUCACGUUAAAGAUUAUAAAUUAUUUUCCAAAAAUAUUUAUGUACUAGGAUUUGAUAUUUUGUUUAAAAAUCCACCAUUAGGUACUUCAUCAAUUCAAGGUAAUAUUUUUUCAAAAUUAAGUUCAAAUAAUAUAAUUAAUCAUUUUAAGAAUAUAGAAUUAAAUUCUCAAAAAUAUAAAUUAAUAAAUCAAUCACUGGAAGAAUUAAUUCAAAAAUCUUAUUUCGAACAAGAACAAGAAACAUCAUCAGAAGAAAAAGAAGAUGAUAUAAUUCACCAAUUAACUGAAAAUUUAGAUAAUUUGAAACUUAACUCAAAAAAAAUUGAUUGGAAAAUAGAUUUAGUAAUUAGUGAUUUAUCAAAACCUGGAAAACAACAAAGUGGAUAUUAUGAUCAUACUGAAACUAAUCCUUAUUUACGUUAUAAUAAUAACAAGGGUUUAAAUCAUUCAAUAAUGAAUCCUGAAAAGGGGAAUAUUGAUUUAGCUGAUGCUUCUAUAUUAUUAAUGUCGAAAAUAUUAAAACCUGGUGGGAAAUUUAUAUUAAAAUUAAGUGAAAUUAAUAAUGAUGAUACUGAAAUAGUUUUAAUGGAAGAAAGACUUAAGAAGAUGUUUAAUGAAGUUUAUGUUACUAAUUUAAUGAAAGAGUGUAUAUUUGUCUGUCUUGAUAGAAAAAAAUAA